AUGCCCGGCGUCUCCGUUCGCGAUGUCCAAGCGGAUAAGUUCAUCAAUGCCUACGCCGCCUUCCUGAAGCGACAGGGCAAACUGCCUAUUCCAGGUUGGAGCGACACUGUCAAAACGAGCCAUGCCAAGGAGCUGCCGCCGCAGAGCAUUGACUGGUUCUACGUCCGCGCCGCCGCCAUCGCCCGUCACAUCUACAUGCGCAAGACCGUCGGCGUAGGCCGUCUGCGCAAGGUCCACGGCGGUGUUAAGAACCGCGGCACCCGCCCUUCACACCACGUUGAUGCUUCAGGGUCAGUAGAUCGCAAGGUCAUGCAGGCGCUGGAGAAGAUUGGCGUGCUGGAGCAGGACGAGGAGAAGGGUGGACGACGGAUUACGCAGAGUGGACAGCGAGAUUUGGACCGGAUUGCGCAGACAACCGUAGAGGCGGAGGACGAGGAGGAAGACGAGGAGUAG